CGACACUCUCUCGUCGGCUAUAUCAUGCAGCUUGUAAGUUUUCUCUUGGCGGGGUAUAAUGUGCGCUUGAACCAAAGGCCAAGGCAUAAGAGAUCGAUUUUGCUCUCAUUACAGUAUCUUUCAUCGAUUGCAAGACUGUAAUCGAAACAAAGUUUUUCCUCCCAGAGGACCAAUUCAGUGACAGUAUCCUAGACGCGACUGUUCUGUCUCUGAUCACAGCUGUUCCAUUCUUUUCUUUCUCGAAGACAGGGAAAACGCCACGUGACUUUGCCAUCGUAAACGAAGCCUCUCGGUUGGACGCCUUGACAUCAUGUCGGACACGGACACGGACACAAACAAAAACGUGAGGGACUUCAUGACGAAGAUCAGAUUGAUCAUCCUCAAAAAAUACCUCAUCAAUUUCAUCGCGGAACGAUAUUAUUCUAGAAUGCACACCUAUCUGAUUUUCAUUCCCAUCCAGAUCCUAGCAGUGUGGGCAACCCUGUCGUCGCCUCUCUUCAUGCUGGUCACCGACUACAAAGACAACGACGUGCCGAACGGCCUAGUAUUGUACGACGACGUCGCGCUCGCGGAAGUAUUCACCAACAUCACGACCGAGGACAUCAUCGCCGAUGACUUGCAGGAGGAGGCGAUAAAGAAACACUUGGACCUCUGGAGGACCCUCGCCGACACGCUGGUCGGUGCCGUCCUUCUCAUCAUUACCAAUCUCGGCAAGGCCCUGCAGUACGAGAGGAAAUCGGAGCAGCACAAGAUUGUUGCGGACGAGAUGAAAAAAGUGCUGGACGACAUCAACUAUCUCCUCCGGAUUCUCCCUGACAACGAUUCGUCCCUCAGCCAAGACAUGAAGGACAAGAACACGAAAAUCCGCGAUUACAUCGAGGCCGCCUUUGAAAAAUCCAAGGACGCCAGGUCGGCGCUGUCGCCCCCCCAGAGUCUCGUGAUGGCGUUUGAAAACAUCGAGUGCGACAUGAAUCUCCUCAUGACCGGCGUAGGAACAAGAGAGGAAAUGGGAAAGAAAGAAGACACCGAUGGCGACAAAAACGGCAGAUCCCUUCGCUACGUCAGGAAAAUCAAGGACGAAGUUUACCACGUCGACAACGAGACACGUUCCGAAAUGCUGUACGACGGCUACACCGACCUUGCCGAUAUCAUGACGGCGGGAAUCAGCGGAUGUUGCUUUUGGCGGAUGAUGUCGUCCGAAAAGGCUACGGCAAAAACGAGAAAGGGACUCGUCGAAGAAUUGGAGAGUUUUUGUGAGAAUCCAUCCGUCGAGCCAAAGAAGAAAGGUGCUGACGCAAUCUUCGGAUGGUUUGGAUACGAACGAAUCAAAGCCGAAAAUGCCGAAGCCAAACAUACGAACACAGGAGGCAUCGAUGAAUCCGAAAAAGUCUAGUUCUAGGCGAGGCGAACGAAAGACGAGUCCGCAGACGAUUCUCUCUUGAAUAGGAAAGGGAAGCGACAGAAGAUGGGUUGUUCGAUGGAUUGUUUUGCGGUGAACGGAACCGCAACCGAGAUGGCGCGUCGGGGACGGAAAAACAUCGCGAUCCCCCCGGCACUAUUUGUCCGCAAUCUUGUGCUCCGGGGGGGCAAUCGUAGCAAUGCACAUAAUCUACAUACAUGUACAGACAUAUCGUUAACAUCAACCUUGUAUUCUUUUCACUUCCUGUCAUAACAGUAGUUGUAAACAGUACAGAAAUAUGAAAUAAGAUACGUUCUGUGUUCGGUAUUUUCUUUUUUUUCAUACCUGGAGGUACUACCAUAGGCAAAUAAAGUACCAGAGCCCUACUUUGAAACUAUAGUAGUACUUUGGGAGAACAUGCGGCAACUAGUCAACACAGGAUGUACAAAUCGGCACAUCGUCCAUUCUGGUACGUACAAGUACCGUCCACACCUACCAAACACCGCAACACCACAAUGCUUACCACACCAGACCUACACCUACCAUAGGCACACAGGAGGAUACUUCGUUGCCUUCCCAUCCAAAAGACGACCCACUCCACCGCAGGCAAACAUGAAAACGACGGUUCCACGGAACGCAGCGCUGGCACUGGCGGUGGCGCUCGCCUCCGGCGGACUCAGGGCGGUCUUCCUCGGGGGGCUCUUCCGCUCGGGCACCACGGCGCUCGCCGACGUGCCGACCUUCCACCCCCCGGUGGAAGACGGCGAACGUGCCGGCGGAAGCGGAAACACGCAACGCGGACCCGGCCGGCCGCCGAUCCCGGCGCGGGAGUACCUCGAGGGGUGCCGGCGGUCCGGCUUCGACCCCCCGCAGCUGGCCUGCGCCACGUGCAAUGUCCUGCCCGAGGCCCAUCGCAGCGGCUGCCUGGACUGCUGCCGGCCCUACCGGACGCUCGACAAGCGCUCCAAGCGGUACGGGGCGGCCGUCCUGGUGAACACGGGCCAACCCGACUCGGUCCGGGAGCUCCUCGAGGAGGACCGCGCGACCAUCCUUUCGCGCAAGGGCCCGGACCGUUUCGCGGUCUACGGGGACGGCGGAGGCGGCAUGGACGACCCGCUGUGGUCCGUAUUUGGCCACGUGCGGGAGCCCUCGGCGAUCCUCUGGUUCGACCGGCCCCCACCUGCGGGCGCCUCCCUGGAGGAGCUGUCCGCCGGGGCCGACGAGGUCACGGUUCUGAGCGGACGCCGGGGACUCGGCCGGGACGACCUCCGGGACAUGCUGCUCGCCCUGCUGCCGGACACGGAAUGAACCGAACACCAGGAGACACACAAAGCGGUUCG